CGGGUUGGGCUGCACGGCAGCGGAGGUGGGAGCCUCAGGCGGCAGCGGCGGCGGCAGCGGCCUCCCCUUCGUCCUCCCUCCUUCCUCCCGCCCGCCCAGCUCGCCUCCCGGCUGCCCUUGUGCCUCACACACCCCCCUGGCCUCCUCCGUCCCAGCUCUCGCUUCGGGAGCUGAGCCCGCCCUGCCUGAGGAGCAGCAGCCGCGGGAAGAUCCAGCUUCUUUUGAUUAAGUACCACUUGCUGCCUUGGUGCUGAGAAUCCUUAAAGAUAGUGACCAGAUUCAUCUUAGGGAGCAAUACACAAAGGCCAAGAGGUGACCCAGUUCUGAGAAGUCAAGGCCAACAUUAUAGCCAGUGGCGUUCCUGAGCAGAAACUCAAACUUGCAUCUCCUGACUCGGAAUAUCUGAGUACAGAGGGACAAGCUUUCUCAAGAGUUUGGACCUAGAGCUGAUGGCAGACAAUGUCAACAACUAACAACAUAGCCCAGGCUCGGAAGCUGGUGGAACAGCUCCGCAUUGAGGCUGGAGUCGAAAGGAUUAAGGUCUCCAAAGCCUCCUCGGAGCUCAUGAGUUACUGUGAGCAGCACGCCCGGAAUGACCCCUUGCUGGUGGGAGUGCCUGCCUCAGAGAACCCCUUCAAGGAUAAAAAACCUUGUAUCAUCCUAUAGCUCUCUCCUCUUGUGCAUACAUAGCCUCUCUCUCUGGCAGGGCCAUCCCCAUUUAGUAUCGAUUUCAAGCCAAACCUGUCCUAAGUCACAAAAACUCUCAGCCAGAAACAUCCCCAGCACCACUGCGGCCAUAGCUGCCACCAUCACCGCCACUACCACCGCCACCACCACCACCACCACCACCACCACCACCACUAUGAGGAGGGGCGAACACUACGCUUUGCAUUCUGGUGGAAAAUCAAACCCAGCAUGCCCACAAGGCGGGGUCUGCAUACCAAUUUGAAGCAGACUAAAUGUCCCUGGGAGGAAGGGGAUAGGGGCAGGGUUGUGAUUUUUUUAAGAUUCUCUAUUGCCAUUUAAAUAGUGGUUUCAAAAUAGGAGUGGGUAGAGAGACAGGAGGGAGACCUAGAGUGACUGCUAGUUAUUAGGAGACCCUCCAAGCAUCAAGGUCAAAGUGGGCCUAGAUUGUAAUUCUUCCUUGACUGGCCUGCCAUUCGAAGACUACGGUUAGAUUGGCAGGAGUUCAGGUUUAAAGGAAUUACUCAUUCUUUUAAAAAAGAAACCUACUCUUUCAUUUAAAAAAGAAAAAAUAUGGAAAUUAUGCAUUGCUAAAAUAGGACCAGGGGGAGGAUAUUUUGACAACAGUGUCCUAUAAAGGGAUAAUGAAGGCAUGGAUUGGGGGGAUGUGGGGCAGAGGGUAUAGGGAAGGGAAGUUACCCAAGGAUCACAGCAUGCGUUUCCCAACUCACACAACAUAUGGCAUUUGUAUCUUUACAACCACAUUGUGGGCAGGAUCCUCUAUAGCACCCUAGCUAUCAAGGGAAUCAGUUGACAGUGGCUUGAACUGGGGAGUGCCCAUCUCCUUGCAUUGCCAAUUCUGUUUGGGGGGGGGGGGAGGGAUGUUAUGGGGGAAGCAUGAAGUAUUGAUGUGGGUAUUUGAAAUCUUUGAUCCCAUCCUAGCUCUUCAAUUUCUGUGUAUUGUUGCCUGAGCAGAGGGCUCAGGAUGAAUCCUUUGAUCUUGUCUUCUGAGAAUUGGGGGCGGGAGUGGGGUCAGGAUUGCUUUUUGCUUCUGAGAGUGAGGGGGUUUGAAAGUUGUUUGUUGUUGUUUUUUAAUUAACUGUGUGGCUCAAUCCUUUUUUCAAAACUCCUGCCCACUUAUAAGAUGACUUUUUGUCAAAGACCCUAAAAUAAGUGCCCUCAAGUGUCCUCAAUUUCCUUUCCCCAGAGUCAAGAAGUACCCACCCAUCCCUUUAAGUCCCAGAAAAGUAGAGCUUAAGGCAAUUCAGACAAUUAUGAAAUACUUAUGUGCCAGGCCUUGUACUAGACACCAGGUAGAAUUUAAGGUAUAUAUAUAUAUAUAUAUACACAAAGAUAAAAAGUUCCUGCCUUCUUGAAGUUUAAAACCAGAUAGCAGCCAUGGGAACUGGAAAAAAGUAAACCAAAGGAGAGGUGGGGAAGGGGGGUUCCUACCUGGUGGGGUAGGAACUCUGAGGUUGUGGACUGGGGUACAUUUUCUUCUGAGGGGAGUCAGGAAAGGCUUCAUAGAAGAGGGUACACUGGAGUCAGGCCCCCUAACGAAAUGGGAGGCAGAGACAUAAGACAUUAACAUGGUCAAAAUUCCAAGCUUCCCUGGCCCUCAUGGCAGAUUCUCUUCUUAGUCUUAGUUUUUAAAGUUCUCUUCCUCUUCACAAGGAAUACCAGACCAGGGCAACCCCUCUUCCCAUAUGUGCUGCUAUUCCUGGCAGCCCAUAAUAUGGCAGAAAAAGUCUUUCCCUUGCUAUAGCAGAGAACUAUAAAGAGCAACAAGUCCCAUCGUCUUACUUUACAGAUGGUGAAACUGAGGCCCAAAAUUAAGUGACUACUUGCUAUGAGGUCACACUAGAGUGGCCUUCAAAUCUUACUUGAUAUUUGUUGUCCAAAGCCCUCCUCCUGAGAGGGAUAAGGGAAGACUAGAGCUCAGGGAAGUCUCUCCCUCCCCACUCACCAGCCAAAUCCCUUUGCUUGGUGGCCAGGCUGUUUCCUCCAACCAAGGCAAAAGCCAGAUUCCAAAAAGUAACCAGAGGAAAUCAUAGAAUCAGAUACUAACAGACCUUUGAGAUCAUCUAAUUCUUGUUUCACCAACUGAUCCUCCUGUCUACAAAACUUUUAUUACCAAAGGGCCUUGACCUUAUUUCCUAAAAACUACAAGCAAAAGCAAUGACUCAUCCUUCUCCUAACCCUCUUUUCCCCACUCCCAGUCUCCCCUGAGCUUUGAUUGCUACAACUGUAGAAUUUAGAGCCAAUAUAGAUUUUUGGGAUUUAGUGCUGGAAUGGACCUCCAGAUUAAUUAAUCCAUUUCACAGUGGUUCAUAGAAGAGUCAGGAAUUUACCCAUGAUCACAUAAUAUCUCGGAAGUGUCAGAGUCAAAAUUUCAACCCAGUUCUUCUGGCUAAAAAUACAGUGAUUCCCCCCCCCCCACUACCUGUGAAAUUAGAUAUUUCACCAGUUUGCAGAAGAGCUUGGGUUAAAUAUAAUCCCUUCAUUUUACAGAAAAAAAAUCAAGAGGAAAAAGGUCUUACACAAAGUCAUAAGUGGCAGAACCAAGACCUUUCUAUUCUACUGAAAGCAACCUUUCCACUAAGAUCAUCAUGCCAUUUUCCCAGAUGAAUUUUCCUAAAACUGCCUAUAAGAACCAGAUAACAAAGCACCUGUCUGGCAGCAUCAUUUCCAAAGAACAAGAUUGGGCUAGCAUUUGGGAUAACAUAAUACAACCCCAGGACCAAUUUUCCAACUGAAACAAUUACUGAGUUGUAUAGAUGGUGCCAUGACCCUCUGCUCCUUGUCUUUGAGGGGAAGAGGUAUGGCUGGCAUUGACUGGCUUUGAACUUUCUUAAAGAAACCUGGAAAAUAACUACCCUCCCGUGGCCUUUGGUUUCUGGUUUUCUGGCAAUUAAACCAGAGUACCAAGCAUCUUGUCUUUGACCCUUUCCAGCUUUAAAAAAAAAAAAAAGGAAAACUGAAGAUUCCUGCUUAUUAAGCAUUUUAUAGGAUUUCAAGUUGGAAGAGACCCUGAAGUUCACUGAAUCUGAACCAUUCGUUUUUGUAGAUAAGGAAACCUAGACCCAAUGAAAAUAAAGCGAUUUGCCCAAAGUUUCUCAGAGCCUGGAUUCAGACCAGUCCUCUGAUUUCAAAUCCAAUGUUUCCACUACACCACCCUUAUGGUUGUCUAAGCCAUCCUGAGGACAGUCUUUAGGGAUAUCCAAGACUUAUUGGUAACAAAUACUGCAUGCUUUUUUAACUACCAGUCAGGUGGACUAACUCACAGUGUGAUUCACUAGUGGCCCCCCACCCAGGUCACGAACUUCCUUGAGCUGAUCCUUCAAGCCAUGCACUUGGGCUUGGGGGCCCUCUUAAAGCCUAGCCCUUGAGGUAUACCAGAGCACAAGCAGAGGACGUUUUAGAAUUCAGAUUUUCUCCUUCCCUAUCCUACCCCCUCCUCGAAGCUAAUAGUCUGAUAUAAGUUAUACCCAUGCUUUCAUGUAAUACAUAUUUCCAUAUUGCCCAUGUCAUUAUAGAAGACAUAUACAUACAAUAGAAAUCAAGGAGGAGGGUUUUUGUUAGAAAUAAAACUCAUAAAAAUCACGUCUGCGCAUCUGCUACAGAGAUGGCUCAAUGAGUCUCUUUUUCCUCUUUCCAUCUUUGGUAGUCCUGUUAAACUUUAGAAAUAGAAAAUAAAAUUUUCCCCUCCUUUACCUGACCUUGAAAAGCCAAAAUAUAAGUGCUGAUUAUGCUUCUCAGAAACAUAAAAUAAGAACUUUAAAGGUCAUCAUAUCCAAACCCCACCAUUUUGCCUAAAGGAAAUCGAAGCCAAAAGAGGAGACACAAUUUGUCUAAGAUCACACGAGUAGAAAGUGGCAAAUCCAAGACAAGGAUAGAUGGUCUGAUUCCCUAGUGCAGGGCUCUUUCUGCAGUAGUCUUCAGUCACUAAUACCUUUCUCCCCAAAGCACCAGCUCAUCCCAGACAGUUUCCCUAAGGGCCUGGCUGAGCAUUCAUUCAUACACCAAUUUCUGGGCCACAGGAGAGAUCUUCUCUCUGGAUCCUAUUGAUUUUUCGGGUUUUUCCAGAAGAUAUGUUUUAUUUUGCCAAUUCUCAAAGCACUGCCCACCUUUUCUACUGGCCAGAAAUGGGCAGCUGUGUCAAACCUUAAAGGGAAUUUCUUCCCUUUAAGCAGCAGAACCCUGGCUGAUGACCAACCCUGAUUAUCCUGGAGGUGAGACCCAUCUGGCUAAUUUACAAUGAAGGGGUUGGACUAGAUAAUUUCUAAGGGCCCUUCCAGCUCUUAACCCCACAGUCACCUAUGCUUAGGGAAUUUGGGAGGAAAAAAAUUGGUCCAAGAGUUGAUAUGAGCCAGGCUUGAGCUUUGAGGAGUUGUUAAAGCUUGUGGAUACCAUUUAACAAGUAACUCUAUAGAUUCUCUUGGGCUCUCCCACCCCUGACCUGCCACUACUUGCUUCAGUAUCCCUAGACAGAAACUGUUUGUUAGAAGCCAAAUCAGGGUAGAAUUUGAGGAAGGAUGCAGUCCAGCAGCCUCUCAGGGAACUUCUCUCUAGUGAAAGCUGUCUAUCCUAUCUAAAAGUAUUUAACUACUCCAAGAUGAGUUUUUUACUUCUAGUAGAAAAGAAAUUAGGCUCAUGGUCACUCCAGGCAGAGUACAGGGCUAGCUUAGGUAACCAUGGAGAACUCAUUUCUGUUCUUCAAAUAGGCAAGUUCCAGUCUUUGGAUGUUGAUAUAAAUACAACCAACAUUUACCAAGCACCUGUUACAUACAGAGUGCUAUACCCUGGCCUGGGAGGCAACGUUUAGAUGAGAUGUAGUCUCUGAGAAGGGUAAGCAAAUUUCAUCUCUGACAAACCUCCUACCCUAGAGGCCUCGGUUCACUUCUCCCCUGAUCCUCCCGUCCCUGACUUCUCAGAUGCUGCCUAUGAGUCUACAACUGCUCUUCACCAUAUCUUGUUGAGUCCUAGAAUUCUGAUUCAUAGAGCUGUAAGGGGCCUUCCAGGUUGCUUGUCCAAUCCCUAUAUCAUUCAGAAGAUGAAAGUAAGGCCCAGAAAGGGUUCACAAGGUCACUGGUAAGCCUAAGACUCAGCCCUGGGUCUCCAGCCUCCCAGCCCAUCAUAAUAUUUUGUUGUACCUCCUCCGGCCCAUCCUCUCCUCCACUGAGCCCUCUGUCUUUGGUGGCUGCUACCAGAGCAUAUCUCUAUUUCCUGCUCCCUCCCAGGUGCCCAGCCACCAUGGCCUGAGACCCAACGAGGUGAGAGGAGGAAAGUUAGGGAUCUGCAGUGCCCUUGCUCAAACCAGGAGGCAAGAAAGUGGCCACUCACAAAAAUCCUCAAACUUUUUCUUCUCUAAGAGUAAAUCAGUGUUCAGACUGUAGAUGAGAUAUUUUUGUUUGGAUGAACAUGAGUACAAAUGACAGUAACUGCUUGUACUUUUCUGACUGCAUCUGCCAAAAAAACAAAACAAACAAAAAAAGCCUUUCUUUAGAACUUUUAAGUGCUCUCUACAAGGCCAGGAAGGAGCUACUCUCCUUCCAGUGAUAAUGUCAGCAAGUAGUCUGGAGCAAGCCCCAGCCUGUGGAACUGUUGAGGGCCAACCAGAAACUCCUGAACAUGUGAUAAGGAAUUGGGAACAAGGAACUGAAGGCAGGGCAUAGAAAUGGGAGAAGGGAGAGAUGGAGUUGCUGUUGCAUCUGCAAAGUCAUUCAUUUACCUUUUCCCCCGGCUAGAGAGAAUGAGGACAUAGGAAGACAUCAGGGUUUUCAUCUGCCCUGGCCACAGCAGGCUCUCUCCCAGGUCCAUCUGGGACCUUGUAAAAGUGUCAGAUGGAUAACAUGUGACUGAACAGUGGCUCUCUGGAAGCCAAUGUGGCUCUACCCCCUUUCUCAGAAUGGCCUGGCUUCCUCUAGACCCAGAUUGAUAUUGUCUGGCCACAUGUCCCACCGCAACCAGCAACCCCUAAAACUGAAGAAUCCCCCACUCCCUCCCCCUGUCAUGACCUUCGACCCCCAGGGAUGUAAACUUCUGAGGCCUGCUCCAAAGCGGAAGGGGCCUGUCUUUUGUCCUCUGGGCCCAAUUCUUUGAUACAGCCUGGUCCCAAAGUUCUCAAAAAUAGGGGGGAACCUCCAGGCAACUCAUCCAUCUCUUUAACAACCCCUUUCUAAGGCCCUUUCCUUCUGACAGGCAGGAAGAGCCUGUCAGACCACUGCUUGAGCUCAGCCCCUGAGGAGUUUCCAAACCCUAGGUAAAACCGCCAAAACCAUUGCUCUUCCUUGAGGAGCACUUAACAAGGAAGUGGAUAGAGCAUUUCAUUCAUUGAGAAGCCACGUCCAGCAUUUUUUUCUUUCUAUCUUCUUUCGUUGCCAACUGAUACCGUUGCCAAACACCCAUGGAGUUUUAGGAAGACUGUUUCAGGAAGCACUCUGUAAUGGUAGUAAGGUUCCCAUCUGUCUGCUUUGGGAACACGGCUGAGUUUGAGGGGUGACUCCAGGGGUAUCAUCAACUACUUUCUCGCACAGUGUUGACUGUUUUGUGGAACUGUUGUUACAAAGUGAAUUGAUACCACAAUAAAAAUUUAAAAAAUAAAGCAUUAAAAAAAAA